ACUUUGGCUUUGAAUGGAAUAUUAUUUCUAGGUGGACAAAUCUUUUUGGAAAGCUAUUAUCCUAAAACAUUCCUUGGAUGUUCUUAUGUGAUAAUAGUAAUAUCAAACCGUAUAGCAUCUAUUGGGCUUUCCAAUGUACUUUAUACUCCUCGGAUUAAACGGACGAUUCUUUAGUAAAGUAGCUGAGAAAUCAUACCAGAUUCAGGCUAGUCAACAGCAACAAAAGACAGCUACAAAUCCUGUUCAGAAUGUAGCCUCUGGUAUAUACACGGUUAUUUUAUACAUCAACUGUGGCAUCACUGCUGCACUCUUGUCUAAAGUGCCUUUUAUCGGAAUCUUUCUAUCUUUUCUGAUGAACUGUAUCAUAACAUCUUAUUAUUGUUUUGAGUACAAGUGGGUCUAUAUGGGUUGGAAUAUUGAACAACGCCUAUCCUAUAUGGAAAAACAUUGGUCUUUCUUCUUGGGCUUUGGAUUUCCAAUGACCAUUUUGACCUUUUUCCUUAGUUUUCUUCGAUCUGGUGCCAUAUUCAACCUUGUUUAUCCUUUUCCCCAAGAGCAAGUACACCAUAUAAUCAAAAGUUAGCAUCCGGUGUCAACGCUCAAUCAGAAUGGAUACUGCCAAACAGAAUCGCCAUCUUUUACCCUGUAAGAAAACUUAAUGAUGUGGUCAUUCUCAUCAUUCGUCUUGUCAGCGGUAUACGCGUUUCUUCCGAAAAGAAAAUUGAACAAUCAAAGAA